CAAAACAAGAAAAACGCGCGGAAAGUAAUACAAAUUAAGCAUCUUCCAUGAAUAUUUGCGCACAUUUCUUGGUGUGGCACGGAGUACAAAAAAUUAUAUUUAUUUUUAAUAAAAUCAGUUUUAAUGCUUUGCAGCAAAAUGUCAGUGGAUAAAUCACCUUUAAGGAAAAGUGUAGGAGAAAGCAGUCUGAAUUCGUCUUCUUCCUCAUUCCGUGGUUGUUGGGCAGAAGAGAUGCAGGACCAUGACAAUAAUGGGCAACAACAGUCGUUCAACAGCAGCGGAGAGAUGUCUAGCAAAAAUGACAACGAAGAUGUUAAUAAAUCCAAACAUUCGGUAUCGCAAGAACGCGAAAUAUCUUUGGAAUUCAUUGAUGGUGCAAAUGAAGAAAAAUUUGAACGAUUAGUCAAGGAGGAUAAAAUAAAAACGCCUUUCAAAAGGCGCUACUCACAAACACCGAGCAACGGCAGUCGCUCGGACAGUCCGAACGACUCAAAUAGUGAUAAUAGUGCCGGAGGUGAUGCAGGCACUUUUAAGCGCACAACUAAUAAUGUCAACAAUCAACAUGACAUUCAGAAACGUUUACGUUAUAAUAGUUAUGGCUCUAACACCUCAUCCAAUAAGGAAAAACAAGUAGAGGAUGAUCCUGUUAUAUUAGCGCGCCGUCAGAAGCAAAUUGAAUAUGGCAAAAACACUGUAGCUUACGAACGUUACAUUGAGAUGGUGCCAAUACGCCAGCGUACACGCAGUCAUCCCCGUACGCCGAAUAAAUAUGGAAAAUACAGUCGCCGCACUUUUGAUGGACUGAUAAAAGUAUGGCGCAAACAAUUACAUUACUAUGAUCCCGAACCUGCAGCUGGCACUGCUGGUGGUGCUGACGACGACGAUGAUGAUUCGGAUUAGUUGCUCUCACUGCGCAAAAUUGCGUUUACUAUAAAACAAAUAGUCUUCUACGUGUUUUCAUGUUUAUUUUUAAUCAACUUUGCUUGUUGUAAAUGCUCACUUUCUGUUUGUAUUAGUAUACUAUAUAGCGAGUACUAUAUUGUUAAGUUCUAAGUAAAAUGCUGAGAGUAAUGAAUGUGUACAAAAAUGAAAGUUAUGUGAAAAAGUUUACAAUAAUAUUUAAAAAGGGGAAAUCAAUUAAAUUUAUGCACAAUAUACUUACUUUUUCGCACAGAUUGUUAACUAUUAUAGCGUAUAAGGCAAGAUCCUUUCAGGUGGGCCAGUGCUUUAGCUGAAACCUUUAUACCUUACUAAAAUAAAAACUACCUGUAAUUAAUUCAUAUAAUACAUAUGCUUAAAUAUAUACCGAAUAAAACAUUACUAAAGCAAAUUAAUA